AUAAUAAUAAUAAUAAUAAUAAUAAUACAGUAGGCUUCUCUAUAUAUUACAGAACUUUUAACAUUGGCGUCCGUUCUGUGAAUAUUUACUGCUCACCCUGGAUCACGACAUCAUAGACUUUAUGAUGAGCCAUGACAUCAUAAUAGCAGCGAGGUUACUGCGUGAAAAAGCAGAGUUGAGUUUGUUGUGAGAUAAGAAUGUAGGAGCUGGGGGUUGAGUUUAUUAGCGGCGUUAACAUGGCUUUUUCGCCGACUUAUUUAUUGUUUUUCCUCGUCAUUUGCAUUGGCAUUACCAGCAGAGGCGGUUCUUCAGGAUUUGCAGAUUGCACCACCAUUGCAGAUUCAAGUACGAAAACUAGCGUUGGGAAACCUGCAGCACUGAAGAGAAAUGACAAGAUCUUUAUAAACAAAAGGAAACUCCAAACGGACAUUGCAAUGGAUGAUGUAGCAACGUCUCCUGGAGACCUCGCAACUGCAGCCCCCCAAACCACCCCACCCCUACAAGGGAGAGUCGAUGAGCAGGGACGUUUCGAUGCAGUCUUUCAGGACCCAAGCCAGGGUGCUGGCCAGUACGAAGAGCUGCUAAAAGACAUUGUAGCUCAUCUAGAGGGGAUUAUAGGAGAACCUCCCCAGAUACCACCGGUGCCCAAAAACACAGACAGCAAGUUCCUUAUAUUGGAGAUGAUACUGAGAGAGCUACACAAUCAUUGUAAAAUUACAGCCGGAAAACUCAAGGAGAAGGAAGUGGAUAAGAGAAAUUUCGAACGUGUUUUAGCCUCUAUACUGGAGGAGCUUGAGGCAUGGAGUUCAGCUUUGUCUCAGCCACCUGUAACGUUAGGCAGCCAAGGAAAUGCCACCACAUCAACCAGAGACAAAGAAUCGGACAGCACAUCAACCAGAGACAAAGAAACGGACAGCACAUCAACCAGAGACAAAGAAACGGACAGCACAUCAACCAGAGACAAAGAAACGGACAGCACAUCAACCAGAGACAAAGAAACGGACAGCACAUCAACCAGAGACAAAGAAACGGACAGCACAUCAACCAGAGACAAAGAAACGGACAGCACAUCAACCAGAGACAAAGAAACGGACAGCACAUCAACCAGAGACAAAGAAACGGACAGCACAUCAACCAGAGACAAAGAAACGGACAGCACAUCAACCAGAGACAAAGAAACGGACAGCACAUCAACCAGAGACAAAGAAACGGACAGCACAUCAACCAGAGACAAAGAAACGGACAGCACAUCAACCAGAGACAAAGAAACGGACAGCACAUCAACCAGAGACAAAGAAACGGACAGCACAUCAACCAGAGACAAAGAAACGGACAGCACAUCAACCAGAGACAAAGAAACGGACAGCACAUCAACCAGAGACAAAGAAACGGACAGCACAUCAACCAGAGACAAAGAAUCGGACAGCACAUCAACCAGAGACAAAGAAACGGACAGCACAUCAACCAGAGACAAAGAAACGGACAGCACAUCAACCAGAGACAAAGAAACGGACAGCACAUCAACCAGAGACAAAGAAACGGACAGCACAUCAACCAGAGACAAAGAAACGGACAGCACAUCAACCAGAGACAAAGAAACGGACAGCACAUCAACCAGAGACAAAGAAACGGACAGCACAUCAACCAGAGACAAAGAAACGGACAGCACAUCAACCAGAGACAAAGAAACGGACAGCACAUCAACCAGAGACAAAGAAACGGACAGCACAUCAACCAGAGACAAAGAAACGGACAGCACAUCAACCAGAGACAAAGAAUCGGACAGCAUACACACUGAAUCAAGUGACCAAGCAGAAUCAUCUGAAUCUACUAAACCAAGUGACCAAGCAGAAUCAUCUGAAUCUACUAAACCAAGUGACCAAGCAGAAUCGUCUGAAUCUACUAAACCAAGUGACCAAGCAGAAUCAUCUGAAUCUACUAAACCAAGUGACCAAGCAGAAUCAUCUGAAUCUACUAAACCAAGUGACCAAGCAGAAUCAUCUGAAUCUACUAAACCAAGUGACCAAGCAGAAUCAUCUGAAUCUACUAAACCAAGUGACCAAGCAGAAUCAUCUGAAUCUGCUAAACCAAGUGACCAAGGAGAAUCAUCUGAAUCUGCUAAACCAAGUGACCAAGCAGAAUCAUCUGAAUCUACUAAACCAAGUGACCAAGGAGAAUUGUCUGAAUCUACUAAACCAAGUGACCAAGCAGAAUUGUCUGAAUCUACUAAACCAAGUGACCAAGCAGAAUUGUCUGAAUCUACUAAACCAAGUGACCAAGCAGAAUCGUCUGAAUCUACUAAACCAAGUGACCAAGCAGAAUCGUCUGAAUCUACAAUAUCAAGUGGCAAAGACACAUCCAUUAGAACUAUUAAAUCAAAAGACAACACAUCCUCUGAAUCUGCUAAAUCAGAUGACCAAGUGUCAAGUAUCGAAGCAGCAUCUACUGAAGCUCCUGCACCAGAUGUUUCCUCAGGUUCUGAGGAGUCUGAGUCUUCAGAAACCACCCAUCUCUCACCAGAGCUUAUUAGUCUAGAGAAUUCAGAGACAGAGGCAAUCGACGACAUUAUAAAAGAUGAUGAGGAUACUGAAGAAGCGAGAACGGAAGAAGAGCCGGUGAGUAUCAAUGUACAGGCUGGCAUGAGAAAGACCCAGAUGUCCCUGCAGGAAGAAACCGCACAGAAAGUUGAUAUACCACCUCUCCUGCCCAACCAAGAGCCUGUGGAAACUACUGAAGAGAGUACCACUUCCCAAGUGACAGAGAGCACAGAGCCCUCAGUGACAGCACAGAUAUCAGCUAACAUCACCGGCUACCCGUUACUUAGAGCUCAGCCAAAUAUGGAAGAAAUGGACAUUGAAGGUAUCCCAGUGCGCAUGGAGGAGGAGGAGGGGGGUGUGAAGUUGACAGCUCUUGAGUGGCUGGUGGAUAAUGUCUUCAUUGUCUUGGGAGUGGUGCUCCUCGUUUUCCUCUUGGUUCUGGGUUUCCUCAGCUUCUCCAUCUGCACCCUGACAGACAAGAAGGACUCAUCCUCACGAUUAUCUGAAAUCCUAGUCAUUAAAAAUGAAGGUGACGACAGGGUGGACAAAAAGUACGUUAUGGGCCGCAUUGGGAAGCAGCGAGGAGCCUCCACGGCACUGGAACAGCUUGAGAAACAGGAUAGACGUCUAGCUCACCUCAGACCCAUUCCAGGGGGCCAGCUUCCCUCAGACAGGCCCUCCGCCUCCUCCACUAUCUACAGCGAGCCCAACUCCCGUGCUUCCUCCAGGCAAGUGGCCUCUGACGGCGAGCAGCAAUCGACUUCCAGGAUCUGGUUCACUGACACCGAUCUUCCCUCAAACGUGUCUCCCGAGAGCUGGGCGGCUGAAACUGACCUUCCCUCAAACGUGUCUCCCGAAAGCUGGGUGGCUGAAACUGACCUUCCCUCAAAUGUGCCUCCCGAGAGCGAGGUGACUGAAACCGACCUUCCCUCAGAAGUGCCUCCUGAGAGCGAGGAAACUGAAACCGACCUUCCCUCAGACAUGCCUCCUGAGAGCGAGGCAACUGAAACCGACCUUCUCUCAAACAUGCCUCCUGAGAGCGGGGUGACUGAAACCGACCUUCCCUCAGACAUGCCUCCUGAGAGCGAGGUGACUGAAACCGACCUUCUCUCAAACAUGCCUCCUGAGAGCGGGGUGACUGAAACCGACCUUCCCUCAGACAUGCCUCCUGAGAGCGAGGUGACUGAAACCGACCUUCUCUCAAACAUGCCUCCCGAGAGCGGGGUGACUGAAACCGACCUUCCCUCAGACAUGCCUCCUGAGAGCGAGGCGACUGAAACCGACCUUCUCUCAAACAUGCCUCCUGAGAGCGGGGUGACUGAAACCGACCUUCCCUCAGACAUGCCUCCUGAGAGCGAGGUGACUGAAACCGACCUUCCCUCAGACAUGCCUCCCGAGAGCGGGGUGACUGAAACCGACCUUCCCUCAGACAUGCCUCCCGAGAGCGGGGCGACUGAAACCGACCUUCCCUCAGACAUGCCUCCCGAGAGCGAGGUGACUGAAACUGACCUUCCGUCAGACAUGCCUCCCGAGAGCGAGGCGACUGAAACCAACCUUCACUCAGACAUGCCUCCCGAGAGCGAGGCGACUGAAACCGACCUUCACUCAGACAUGCUUCCCGAGAACUGAAACCAAGCAACUCUCAAGGGUCUCAUCGAUGAACUGUGUCACCGAACCUGCUCUCCCCUCCCCCCAUCUGAGGAGGAUGCCCACCAAUGUGAAUGACUGCCUCUGUCAGAAGCUUCUAUCCUCUGGAAUUAGUAAACUCCAACGCCGUAUUGAAAGAAUCUGUUUGCUAUCAUGCCAGCAAUAAAAUAUACAGAAAUAAAUAUGUCAUGUCUGGGAUUUCGUGUUGGUAUAAUGUGUCUGAGGUGAUGAGUGCACAGGACUAAAAGGAAACAUUAUUAUUAUUAUUAUUAUUAUUAUUAUUAUUAUUAUUAUUAUUAUUAUUAUUAUUAUUAAUUAGUUAUUUAGCAGACACUUAUGUAAAGCAACUGUGCAUCAACAACUUCUGCUGCAGAGUCACAUACAGUAGGUGCUUGGUUUUCCGUCUUAUCUGAAGGACGGAGCACAAGGAGGUUAAGCGACUUACUCAGGGCCACACACAGUGAGGCAGUGUCUGAGCCGGGAUUUGAACUGGGAAUCGUGAUGUAAACACUCCCAUUACAUUGAUACUGGGAGGGGGAGGGGGGUAUAGCAUGAAAAACAGUUAUCAUUUUAAAAGUUUACCACAACACAUUCACAUGGUCAUGUUUGUUUCUAUGCUUUGCUGUAAAGCACAAUUUGUGAAACGAAUCCUGAUUUUAACUGUUUUAUUUCGGUUUUGUACAAAUAUUAAUAUCAUUCACAACAUGUUAGAUUAAACCGGUUUAUUAUAUUACUAAUUUGCC